GCGGCAGCGUGGGGCGGGGCCAGACCAUGGGGAGUGAGUCGCCGCCACCUCCCAGCCACUGCUGCGCUGGCUGCAGACACAGGCAGGCAACCAUGAAGCUGUCUCUCCUGCCCUGGGCCCUGCUGCUGCUGGUGACAGCCCCUGGACCAGGCCGCCGGCCUGCAGCAGGUGCCCAGGGAAGCUGCUCCCACCGUUGUGGAGGCCAGGAUGGGCCGUGCUCCUGCCACCCGACCUGCUUCGGCCUGGCCAGCUGCUGCUCGGACAUUCAGGACUUCUGCCUGGAGAUCUUGCCCUACUCGGGCUCCAUCAUGGGUGGCAAGGAUUUUGUGGUGCAGCAUCUCAACUGGUCCAACCCCACUGACAGCGUGAUCUGCAGCUUUAAGGAGAGCAUCCAGACCCGUGGCUUCGUGGACUCCUCCGGACGAGUGCACUGUGUGUCACCCUUGCUCUACGAGACCGGCCGCAUCCCCUUCAUGCUCUCCAUGGACAAUGGCCGCUCCUUCCCACGCUCAGGCACCUGGCUGGCUGUGCACCCCAGUAAAGUGUCAGAGUCCGAAAAGAGCCAGCUGGUGAACGAGACCCACUGGCAAUACUACGGCACCACCAGCACUCAGGGUAACCUCACCCUGACCUGGAACACCUUGGCUCUGCCCACGAACUCCAUCACCGUAGAGCUGUGGGGCUACGAGGAGACAGGGAAGCCGUACUCCCAGGAGUGGACGGCAGCGUGGUCGUACCUGUACUCCUUGGCCACAAACAUCACCAACUCUGGCUCCUUCACCUUCACACCAAAACCUGCACCUCAAAACUACCAGAGGUGGAAAGUGGGUGCCCUUCGCAUUGUCAACAGCAAACACCACGCAGGGGAGAAGGACGUGCACGCACUCUGGAGCAACGAGCACGCGCUGGCCUGGCACCUGGGCGAUGACUUCCGGGCAGACCCUGUGGCGUGGGCCCGAGCUCAGUGCCUGGCCUGGGAGGAGCUGGAGGACCAGCUGCCCAACUUCCUGGAGGAGGUGCCCGACUGCCCCUGCACCCUGGCCCAGGCCCAGGCUGACUCUGGCCGCUUCCAAGCGGACUACGGCUGUGACAUUGAGCAUGGCAGCGUGUGCACCUAUCACCCAGGGGCUGUACACUGCGUUCGCUCCGUGCAAGCCAGCCCCCUAUAUGGCUCAGGCCAGCAGUGCUGCUACACGGCGGUGGGCACACAGCUCCUGACAGCCGACUCCACCAGUGGCAGCACCCCAGACCGCGGCCACGACUGGGGCGCACCCCCAUACCGCGUGCCACCCCGCGUGCCAGGCCUCUCCCACUGGAUCUACGAUGUCAUCAGCUUCUACUAUUGCUGCCUCUGGGCGCCCGAGUGCUCCCGCUACAUGCAGAGGCGGCCCUCCAGAGACUGCCGCAGCUACCAGCCCCCGCGCGUGGCCUCCGCUUUCGGGGACCCACACUUUGUCACCUUCGAUGACACCAACUUCACAUUCAACGGACACGGCGAGUACGUGCUGCUGGAGGCCUCUGGGACCGACCUGAGGGUGCAGGCACGGGCCCAGACCAGGAUGACGCCCGAGGGCUCUCAGGACCGAGGCACAGGGCUGACUGCUGUGGCUGUCCAGGAGGGCAACUCAGAUGUGGUAGAGGUCCGGCUGAGGGAUGGGGCCGGGACCCUGCAGGUGCUGCUGAACCAGGAGGUGCUCAGCUUCAAGGAGCAAAGCUGGAUGGACCUGAAGGGCAUGUUUCUGUCAGUAGCUGCUGGGGACAGAGUAUCAGUCAUGCUGUCAUCAGGGGCCAGCCUGGAGGUCAGCCUCCAGGGUCCGUUCCUGAGUGUGGCAGUCCUGCUGCCUAAUAAGUUCCUGACCCACACACGAGGCCUCCUCGGGACACUCAAUGACAACCCCUCAGACGACUUCACCCUGCGUAGCGGCCAGGUCCUGCCCCCCAGUGCCAGCUCCCAAGAACUGUUCCAGUUUGGGGCUGACUGGGCUGUGGAAAACGCCUCCUCCCUGCUCACCUACGACUCCAAGUUCCUGGUGGAAAACUUCCUGCUCCGGCCCAAGCAUGACCCCAAUUUCCUACCCCUCUUCCCCGAGGAGACCACCUCCAGCCCCAGCCAGGCGAGUGAGGCAGCCAAACUGUGUGGGGACAACAAUUUCUGCAACUUCGACGUGGCGGCCACCGGGAGCCUGAGCGUGGGCAAUGCCACGCGGUUGGCCCAUAGGCAGCACCUGCUUCGCGUGCAGAGCCUGGAGCCUGUGGUGUCCUGUGGCUGGCUUGCCCCGCCCUCCAACGGGCACAAGGAGGGCAUGAGGUACUUGGUGGGCUCCACUAUCCACUUCCACUGCGACAGCGGCUACAGCCUGGCCGGGGCCGAGACCAGCACCUGCCAGGCUGAUGGCACCUGGUCUCGGCCCACCCCAACUUGCCAGCCAGGACGGAGCUACGCGGUGCUGCUGGGCGUCAUCUUUGGAGGCCUGGCCGUGGUGGCGGCCCUCGUCGCGCUCGUCUACGUGCUCCUACACCGCAGGAAGAGCAACACGGAGUGGAUUGAGGCUGUGGCAGCGGCAAGGAGGCAGAAAGGGACAAAGAGAUGGAACCAAGGCCAAGCCACGCAGAUGGAGGGAGAGGACUGGGCACAGGAGCAACACCCAACCCGUCCUGUGCGACUGAACUCCGGGCAGAAUGGGAAGUGAUGGAUCUGUAGUGGCGCCCUUCCAGGAGGAGGUACGCCCCUGUGGGAUGUUUGGGGUGAAACAGGAACUCUCAGUGCUCCCAGGACUCAACAUGGGGCAGGACCCCCUCAGGGAGGGUGGCACACCCAGGAGCUGGCAAAGCCAUCCACAGUGGCUGGGGGCUUGUGGGUCUCAAUCGGGGGUGGUUUGGUGACUGGCUGUGGGGGUGGGGUGAUGCUGCAUCUAGCAAGGGGAGGCCAGGGAUGCUGCUCCACCACCUACAGUGCGUGGACAGCGCCGCCGCAAAGAAUGACUCACCCAAAAUGUCAAGAGUGCUGAGGGUGAGAACAUGUUGGAGUUGGGGGCUGGGGAGGGCUUAGGUCUCGCUUCAUCCAGCCUUUUCCUGGCACAGAGGACAAGUUCCAGGACGGGCCUGGGCCAAGGACCCCCAGGAGCCAGGGACAGGUGCCCCCAGGCCACACCCCUGCCUUCCUCCUCACGGGUGGGUCCAGGCAGCCAUGUGCGGAGCCCCAGCAAGUGUCCAGGGGCGGCCUGGAGAAGGCCCAGCCCGUGUCUGGUUUCCCUGGCUCCGUGGUGGUGUGUAUGGAGGG